AAAGUUUACAGUUUUGGCCAGGUUUCAAGCAGUGAUGAGAAACAUAUGACCAGCAAUAUUAUGUAUUCAGCAGCAGUUAAGACUUGACUGACACUGUGAUCAGUGUGUGAUGUCUUUUCACGCAUAGCUCCUCUGGUCUUUUUAUGUCCAUUCAGGAACUCUUUUCAGUGUAUUCUUUUUUUUUCCUCUUGAACUUUUGUGCAGAAAUUUGGGAUCAUCAUACAUUUUAAUGUCGCUCCUGCAGGCUUUUGGAGCGUAACAAGGAUAACACUUAUUUCUCAGGCCCUAAACAUCCUGACCUAAUCUCCACAAUGAGAGUGAUUUUGUUGUUCACCUUACUUUUCCUGUGCCACGGAAAACCUUACAAGCCAAUAAACAUCAUGGAGUUGAUGAAGAUUCAUGACAUCAUGCAACAAGACAAUGAGAUUGAUGAUGAUGACGAUGAUGACGACGACGAUGAUAAUGAUAUUGAAGACAACUUUAUUACAGACUGCCCUUUUGGCUGCCAGUGUUUCAGAAGGGUUGUUCAAUGUUCAGAUCUAGGUUUGACAUCAGUGCCACGUAACAUUCCAGUAGACACGCUAAUGAUCGAUCUGCAAAACAACGAUAUCACUGAAAUCAAGGAGGAAGACUUUAAAAAACUGAGUCAUCUCUAUGCCUUGUUUCUGGUUAAUAACCAGAUUUCAAAGAUUCAUCCAAAGGCUUUCCAAAACAUGGGGAAACUCCGUCUGCUCUACUUGUCAUAUAAUCUCCUGACACAAAUACCUGAAAAUCUGCCAAAGAACAUCUUGGAGCUAAGAAUCCAUGACAAUAGGAUCAACAGAAUCCAAAAGGAUGCAUUUAAAGGGAUGCAAUUCUUGCAUGUUCUAGAAAUGAGCGCUAAUCCUAUUGCCAACAGUGGGAUUGAACUAGGAGCUUUUAACGAUAUGGCGACGCUUUACCUGAGAAUUGCAGAGGCAAGGCUCACAGCAAUACCAAAAGAUCUGCCCUCUUCUCUGACUGAGCUUCACUUGGACUAUAAUAAGAUUGCUAAAGUGGAGGUGGAAGACUUUAUCCGAUACAAACAUUUGCUGAGGCUGGGGUUGGCUUUCAACCAGAUCAAAUUUGUGGAGAAUGGGAGCUUAGCAUAUAUUCCUAAAGUCAGAGAAAUUCAUUUGGAUAACAACAGGCUGAAAAAUAUUCCCCCAGGUUUGAACACGCUUAAGUAUUUACAGGUGGUGUACCUCCAUGCUAAUAGCAUUACCAGUGUGGGAGUGAAUGACUUCUGCCCAACAAGAAGCAAGGUAAAGAAGGCUCUCUACUCAGGAAUCAGCCUAUUUGCCAAUCCGGUGAAAUACUGGCAGAUCCAACCAGCCACCUUCCGCUGUGCAUCUGGCCACAGAGCUCUGCAACUCGGCAAUUUUAGACGAAAGUGAGCGCAGGGUUCCACUGGAGGGCAGCAGCUCAACUUAUAUUUGAUUAUGUCUUUCAUUUAAUACUUGGGAUGUUAAUCCCUCAGUCAGGUUGCACCGUACAUCCACAUCCACUGAUGAACUAGUAGUUUACUUGAAAAACACCCUGUGAAGAUAAAUAUGUAACAAAAUAUUCACCAGGCAUUUUUGCUGGAAACUAUUUAACCUGGUUUAUUGGGACCACAGGUAAUAGAGUAGCUACAUUGGGUGCAAUCAUUGUUAUAAUCUGUUUAUACCUUCAUGCAGAAUCAGUGGUACUGCUGAACUAAAGUCAAAUUUUUUAAACUGUAUAAUCAGACGUCGUUAGUAAACCUUAAAUUGUUUCACUGUCAUUAUUAUGGUAAAGGAACAUGAAGUACUCAAGAGAUACAAUGCAGAUCUCUAAUGUAGACUAAGACUUGUAAACUAUGAAAUAAGCUACAGCCACAAUUGUGUAAAACCUUUGUUGAAAUGUGUAAAAAAAAAAGUGUUUUGUGAAUAAACAGAAAGAAAAAAAUUGGUAGACCAAAUGUUUCUGUCAUCUACACCAAUGGUAGAUGAAAGAGCCAUGCAAAUGCAUUAAGGGUGUGUCCCAAAUGCUAGUGUUUAGAGAUGAGUUCAUUCACUAUGUAGAAGACUUCAUUUUAGUAAGCAACGUCAUCAAAAAAACUUGAGAAG